AUGAAGGACUUGCUACAUGAGUUUGGGGUUUCGAUGGAAUAUCAAAAGGCUUGGAGAACAAUAGAAAAGACUCUAGAAUUGUCAAGAGGAAAGCCAGAAGACUCAUACCAGCAACUACCAAUAUACCUUCAUAUGCUAAAAAUAGCAAUUCCAGGGACAGUUACUGAAUUGAUUACAGACAAGAAGAACCGGUUCAAGUACAUGUUCUUAGCAUUGUCAAAUUCAAUCAGAGGAUGGAUACAUUGCAGACGAGUGAUUGUGGUAGAUGGCACAUUCUUAAAAACAACAUAUGGAGGGACGUUGUUUACAGCAUCAACAAUGGAUGCUAAUAACCACAUAUUCAUAUUGGCAUUUGGAAUAGAAGACUCGGAGAAUGAUUCAUCAUGGGAGUGGUUUUUCAACAAGCUAAGAGAAACAUUCGGAGAAAUAGAAUUACACGGGGAAGAUCUUACAAUAAACUUUGUUAAAGCUGAAAAAACAUACAACAUGAAAUCAUUUGAAGUUUACAUGUCAGAACUUGACAAAAUAGACAAAAGAAUAAGACCUUAUCUGGAAAGAAUAGGAUACAAAUAUUGGAGUAGAUGCCACUGCCCGACCAGAAGGUACACAAUGAUGACAUCCAACAUAGCUGAGUUGAUAAAUUCAACAAUUCUUGCUAUAAGAAGACUGCCCAUCACUACAAUGAUAGAGAGUCUUCCAAAUUUGGUACAAAAUGGGUUUGGACAAAAGCAAGAUAAAAUCCUAUGUGCUCAUGCAAUAGCUGUAUUCUCGAAAAGAGGAUUGCGAGUUUAUGACUAUGUUGCGGAAUACUACAAAACAGACGAAAUGAAAGCAACAUGUGACACAAUAGCAAACUCAUUACCAAAUAAAAGUGAAUGGACACUGCCUAAGAGCUUGGAAAUGAUAUAA